CCCCCUACUCCAGUCAUGCUGAGCAGAGUAUGGAAGCAGCUGACUACGAGGUGCUAUCCGUGCGAGAGCAACUCUUCCACAACUGUGUCCGCAAGUGCAUCAUCUCAGUACUUCUAUUUGCCACACUCUACAUCCUCUGCCAUAUCUUCCUGACCAGAUUCAAUAGGCCUGCUGAGUUCACCACAGUGGAUGAUGAAGAUGCCACUGUCAACAAGACUGCACUGGAGCUGUGCACCUUUACCCUGGCAGUUGCCCUGGGUGCUGUCCUCCUCUUGCCCUUCUCCAUUAUCAGCAACGAGGUUCUGCUCUCACUGCCACAGAACUACUACAUCCAGUGGCUCAAUGGCUCUCUUAUCCAUGGUCUCUGGAACCUCAUUUUUCUCUUCCCCAAUCUGUUCCUCAUCUUCCUCAUGCCAUUUGCAUAUUUCUUCACAGAAUCUGAGGGCUUUGCUGGCUCCAGAAAGGGUGUCCUAGGUCGGGUCUAUGAGACGGUGGUGAUGUUGAUUCUCCUCACUCUGCUUGUGCUGGGCAUCAUGUGGGUGGCAUCAGCCAUUGUAGAUAACAACAAGGCCAGCAGGGAAUCACUUUAUGACUUCUGGGAGUACUACCUCCCCUAUCUUUACUCCUGCAUCUCCUUCCUUGGUGUCCUGCUGCUCCUGGUGUGUACGCCGCUAGGUCUUGCCCACAUGUUCUCGGUCACUGGGAAACUACUGGUCAAACCCCGGCUACUAGAAGAUCUUGAAGAACAGCUGAACUGCUCCCACCUCCUGCUGGCUGCCUUUAGCAUGGAGCUGCUACACAAACAGGUUCUGGCUCUGCAGACACAAAGGGUCCUUCUGGAGAAGCGGUGGACAGCUUCAGCCUGGCAGUGGAACCUGGGCUACCCUUUGGCCAUGCUGUGCUUGCUGGUGCUGAUGGGCCUGUCUGUGCUCCUUGUGGCCAUCCAUAUCCUGGAGCUGCUUAUUGACGAGACUGCUAUGCCACGGGGCAUACAGGAAUCAUCUCUGGGCCAGGUCUCAUUCUCCAAGCUGGGCUCUUUCGGUGCUAUCAUCCAGGUUGUACUAAUUUUUUACUUGAUGAUGUCCUCCGUUGUGGGCUUCUAUAGCUCUCCCCUGUUCUGGAGCCUGAGGCCCAGGUGGCAUGACACAGCCAUGACACAGAAAAUUGGGAACUGUGUCUGCCUCCUGGUCCUAAGCUCAGCACUUCCUGUCUUCUCUCGAACUCUCGGGCUGACUCGCUUUGACCUGCUGAGUGACUUUGGACACUUCAACUGGUUAGGCAAUUUCUACAUCAUCUUUCUCUACAAUGCAGCCUUUGCUGGCCUCACCACACUCUGUCUGGUGAAGACCUUAACUGCAGCUGUGAGGGCAGAGCUGAUCCGAGCCUUUGGGCUGGACAGAUUGCCACUGCCUGUCUCCAGUUUUCCCCGGGCAUCUAGGAAGAACCAGCACCAGUGACCUCCAGCUGGAGGGUGGGAGGGAGAAAACUGGACACUGCCAUCUGCCACCUAGCCCCGGAGGCAAGCCCA